AUGGCAGACUCUUAUUAUCCGCGGUUGCUUGCCAGCUGCCAACAAACUAUUGUUCGUUUCUUCCAGCAGCGCCCUCUCGUCGCCAGUUCCGUCGUCGGCCUUGGCCUCGCCGCCAUCCCCGUCAUUUCCCACAUCAUCCGCUCGUACCGCGGCUUCCUCGCACUCGGUCCCGGAGGACUGCCGUACAAUUUUCUCGGCUGGACUAUACAAGCCAUCGGACAGCCAUUUGCACGACAUGACACUAGAGAGUCGUGGCCUUUUGCUGAUGCUCGCGUCUUUGAACGCUACGCGCCUCAUGGCCGCAGCAGCUUCCUAGGAGAACUGCCUGCGCGUCGUGGCGAGCGCCCAGAUGUGCCGACCUAUGUCGCGCCUCAGAGACAAAUGAAUCAUCACUCUGACGCGGCACAGAUUGAGGCGAUGAAGCUCCAACUGGCUAGUCGCGUUGCUCAGCAGAAGGAGCUUCUCGCGCUUGCGCCCUCACAACUGGAGGGUCCCAAACACCAAGCUCUGUGGAUUGGCGAGGCGGCUGGGAAGCCGACAUAUCUUGCAAAAUCUACAAAGGGCGAAUUCGCCCAUGUACACCCCGAUGGUAGUUCACAUUUGAUUCUUAGCCUUACCGACGCCGAGGUGGCCACGGCAAAGGGCUGGGCUGAGAGGCACAUGUUCAGUGGUGUUUUGCUUCCCCUCAGCUACGUUUUAAUCUAUGCCCCGCGAGACGCAGAGGAAUUUGAAGUAUGGAAGCAAUUACUGGCCGCUUCGAUUGCAUUCAAUACUGCUUCAUCAGAGUCUAUGUGA